AUGGCGGACCGCACGCUCGCUUGCGAUCCGCGACCGAGCGCUAAUGGCAUAUUAUUCGAUCGCCGGCACAUCCCCGGCCAGGAACACGUAGCUUAUGUAGUAAAAACAGGAAACGAAGCAGGCGAGCGACACGAGCAGAUAGUUAAGCAGGUGGAAGCGACGGAAGUGCCCCAGCUGGCCCAUAAGAGCCUCGAAGUCGACCAUCUCCCGACCGCAUGCGUAGACUGCCCCCGAGCGAUGAGCGCGCACUACAAAAGCGCUAACUGGCGUCGAGAACCGCCCGCGGGACCCGUCGUUCGUGAAAUUGGAAGCAUCAAUGAACGGCUUCCGAAAUGGCUUUGUCACCCGAAUAACGUCGCCAUUGUUGCGCUUCGCCUCGAUUUGCUCACAAUGAUAUGA